AAGAAAUUUACUCGGAUUUUAAAUGUUAUGAAAACGGAGAUAUUUGCAAAUUGCAAUAGAAAGCGCUUGAAAAUGAAAAUGUGAAGUGAUUGUUUGAUUGUCAUGUAAAACGUCCGAAAAACGGUAGUGCUCGCCCUUUCCAGCUGUUUUCCUUUUCCUUUAAUGAUUAGCUAUUAGUUGACUUUCCAGUCAUCUUCCAAAGUUGAGGCGCUGCUCUGAAAUUUAGCAGAGAAAAGGAAGAAGAUCAAGCAAAAUUCAGGUGGAGAAAAGAAAUAUCAAAUAUGGCACUCAACUCUACCGCCCAUUCCUCUUCUCACGCUUCACAAAAUGGGAAACUUUAACCUCUCUCACAGGGUAGUUUUAGCACCAUUGACAAGAAAUAGAUCUUACAAUAAUAUUCCACAACCACAAGCCAUCUUAUACUACUCCCAGCGUUCAACCGAUGGUGGGUUUCUCAUUGCUGAAGCUACUGGAGUUUCCACUACAGCACAAGGGUACCCAGACACGCCUGGAAUUUGGACAAAAGAGCAAGUGGAAGCAUGGAAACCAAUUGUGGACGCUGUUCACGACAAAGGAGGCAUCUUCUUUUGUCAACUUUGGCAUGUUGGCCGCGCCUCUAGUUAUGCUUUUCAACCUAAUGGUCAAGCUCCAAUCUCUUGUACUGAUAAAGGGGUGACACCGGGCCUUGAUGGGAUGGAUUGAUCACCUCCUCGUCGGCUUAGAACCGAUGAAAUUCCCGGCAUUGUCAAUGAUUUCAGGCUGGCUGCCCGAAAUGCCAUUGAAGCGGGAUUUGAUGGGGUUGAGAUCCACGGUGCAAAUGGUUACUUGCUUGAUCAGUUCAUGAAAGACCAAGUGAAUGACAGGAUAGAUAAGUACGGUGGAAGCUUGGAGAAUAGGUGCCGGUUUCCGCUCGAAAUAGUCGAAGCGGUGGUGAAUGAAAUAGGAGCUGAUAAGGUGGGAAUGAGACUAUCACCUUACGCCAGUUACAUGGAAGCUAGUGAAUCAAACCCUGAAGCACUAGGCGUUUACAUGGCGAAUGCAGUUAACAAGUUUGGCAUUCUCUAUCUUCACGUUAUUGAGCCACGGAUGAUUAAAAUAAACGACAAGUAUGAAACUCCUCAUAGUCUUCUGCCAAUGAGGAAUGCCUUCAAGGGGACUUUCAUUGCUGCCGGAGGGUACAACGUAGACGAUGGUACCAAGGCUAUUGCUGAUAAUUACUCGGAUUUGGUUGCAUUUGGGAGGUUCUUCUUAGCUAAUCCAGAUUUACCAAGGCGAUUUCAGCUCAAUGCUCCUCUUAACAAGUACAAUUGAGACACUGUCUACAUUCCGGAUCCCGUCCUUGGUUACACCGAUUAUCCAUUCCUUGAAGAUACUAAUUCCUCUUCAUUAAAACAUUAUGUGCAUGUAAUGGGAAGAAUGUAUCCAAGUAUAAGCCGAAUGGCUUACAUCAAGGACCCUUGACGAUAGUAAUUGUUAUUGAAAUUGUCUAAUCAAGAUAUUGUUAAUUAUUUAAGUGAUUAAAA